AUGGCUCUCCGCGACUUACCAUGGGUGACAAUACUCUUCUCCGGUGUCGUCGCGGCGCUCGCGUACGGGACGAUGAGGCUGAUUCAAGUACGGCACUUCUACAAGGACCUUCCCAAGCCGCCUCACAGUUUUUUCUUUGGUCAUCUCAAACUGCUAGGCGAGACUUUCAAGUCACUGCCAAGCGACGUUCAUUACCAGGCAGCGGCCGUUACAAUUGCCAGGAAAUACAACAUGCCUGGUCUCUUCUAUCUUGAUCUGUGGCCCAUCGCAUGGGGACAGAUUGUUGUUACAGAUCCAGAUGUCGCACUUGAGAUGACAGCCGUUCGAAACCACCCCAAACACGAAGCAGAGGGCCAAAUGAUUGAUCCAUUGAUUGGUCGUGGGAACAUUGUCACAGCGAAUGGGCCGCAGUGGAAGCAUCUCCACAGGAUGCUGAGUCCUGCUUUCGCCAUCUCGCACAUUACCAACAUGAGACCAAUGGUUGCUGACGAGGUGAUGAAAUUUCGGUCGAUUAUCCACGAGAAGGCCAGAUCUGGAGAGGUUUUCAAAUUGGAAGACCCUACUCAACACUUGACGUUCGAUGUGAUCUCGACUGCGACCUUUGGGCGAUCUCUCGACGCACAAACCAAGGGCAGCCCUGCUCUGCAGCACUUUGAGAAUAUGUGUCGUGCUUACAUGGCAUCGCGAGAAUCUGUCAACUACAUCCGGAACUUCUUUGUCAACAGAAAAGUUUCGGCCGAGCGAGACAAGUUAGAUGCCAUCGUAGUAGAUCUCAUCAAAGAGAGAUUCGAGAUUGUAAAACGCGAUAAGCUCGAUCUCUCCGAAAAGCGAGGAUUAGGAAUCAUGGAUCUCAUCUUGCGAGAUUAUAUUGCAGAGCGACAGAACGACGUGAAGGAGCUCGACCACCAAUUUGUCCAAGAUGCUCUAUCGCAAGUUAAAACGCUAUUGAUCGCUGGAAGCGAACUACGUCUGACACCGUCUGCUUUGGAGCUAUGA